GCCGGCGGGAGGAGCAGAGGCAUCGCCCACACAACAACAACAAUAGGCAAACAACGACCAAACAAACAAACACCCCACCUUCACCACCUUCAUCGACGUGCAAGCAGGCAUCGACAUCACUUGGAGAGAAGCAGAGUGCGUCUACCUACCACGAUGAGCAAGAAGCAAGUGUACGGAGCGGUGGAUGCCAACAUCGCCAAGGACUACGAACUCCUUGAUCGCAUCGGUCGUGGGGCAUACGGUAUUGUGUGGAAGGCAAGGAGGCGAACAGGAGCCCAACAGAUUGUGGCGAUCAAGAAGGUGUAUGAUGCCUUCCGCAACACGGUUGAUGCGCAGCGCACAUAUCGCGAGGUCGUAUAUCUCAAGGCCUUCAUGGAGCACGACAACAUCAUCACCUUGCUUGAUGUGAUUCGGCCCGUCAACGACCGCGACCUCUACCUCAUCUUCGACCACAUGGAUACGGACCUGAAACGCGCCGUCGAUGCAAAGAUCCUGACAAAGGAGCACGAGGCAUAUGUCAUGUACCAGAUCCUCAGGGUACGCGCCACAUACAGAGGCGAAAAUAACCCAAGAGAAGCGGAGAGAUCGACACAGAGGGAGAGAGUGUAUCGGCACGUGGUUGACGUGUGGUCGAUUGGCUGCAUCCUCGGCUACAUGCUGCGCGGCGGACGUCAAGGUGCAACAGAUUACUCACAAUCCACAAUGACAGCUGCUGAUGCGCGCUGUCUGGGCAAGCCUGAUGCUGCCGCCAUCAAAGCCAUCGACGCCCCAUAUGCAGGCAUCCUCAUUGCCAAGAUGUCGGACGCGCGACGAACCUCACUCAAGGCGCUCUGCCCAACGGCGAGUGCAGCGGCGCUUGAUUUUCUCUCGCUGAUGCUCGUCUUCAAUCCGGAGAAGCGGCCCCGCAUCCUCUCCCUCCUCCCACAUGGAUACAUGCGAGCCUUCAGGCAGCCAAUGACGGAAAAGACCCUGAAGCAGUCGCUCGUUGUUCCGCACGUCAACGACCCAAACAUGACGGUCGCCGACUACCAGGAGAAAUUAUACGAGGCCGCUGCGUCACGAGAGUUCAACCUCUUUCUCAAUCCUCCACACCAACGCGGUGUCGACACAGGCAACGGCAGUGACAACGGCGACCACCACCACCCACAACAGCAGCAGGGUCCAUCACGGGUGCGAGCGACGGGGGUUGCGCGUGCGGAUGUGUCGUCGUCUGCGCCGUCGGCAGCGUCAACAGCGCGCACAGAGCGCUCGCACAGGGCAGCGCCGGCCAUUCGCAAGGAGGUCACGCGCACGCACGUACGAGCACAUGUGGGGCAGAAGCACAAUGCCAGCGACAGUGGGAACGACAGCGAUUGGGGCAUUGGUGGUUACGGCAGGGCACGGCAGCCUCCACGCCCACACCGGCAGCAGCAGCAGCAGCAGCAGCAGCAGCAGCAUCGUCACCAGUAUCAAGCAGCAAGGGCUGGCGCGAAUGAGACCGCGGAAGAGAUGGAUUCGCUCUCCAUUGGCGGCCGGUCUGUUCGUGGCGGCAACAGCAGCAGCAGCAGCAGCAGCACGUCGACUGUGCGCACCCGACGCCGUGAGCGACGACGCCGACACACGCAGAUCAACCCGUCCCCUCGCAGCAUGGCACGCCGCCAAGCAGGGGAUGGGGCGCUCAACCAUGCAGCCAUCAUCGUCCACAGUCUUGCCACAAACCAACGGUGA